ACAUUUCUAAAAGCGACUUCUUAUAGGUCCUGCAACGAACACUUGGAAAAACUCUGAGGACAAGAGCGAUGUUGAAGAGCAUACCCUACCAGCCGAGGAACUGCCUGCAUAUGAUGAAAUUGCUGCUAAUAUAGAGAAGUUCGUACAAGCACCAGCCAAACGUAAUGUCAUUUAUAAAUGUUCUAUAACACGAGAUAAAAGAGGAGUAGACAAAGGAAUAUAUCCAACCUAUUACUUACACCUUGAAAGGGAGGACAAGAAGAAGAUUUUUUUGCUAGCUGCCAGGAGACGAAAAAAAAGCACCACAGCCAAUUACCUUAUUUCUACAGAUGCAACGGAUUUGAAACGGGAGGGAAGCGCUUUUGUAGGAAAAGUAAGAUCAAAUGCCAUAGGGACCAUGUUCACUCUCUAUGAUUGUGGUGCAAACCCGAAAAAAUCCAAUAACACCAGCGAUGUCCGACAAGAACUUGCAGCAGUCAUAUAUGGCUCGACAGAAGAACAUGGAGUUUUGAAAUCGAAAUCCCUACAGUCUUAAAA